AUGGAUCCUCUUUCAGGUGCAGCAAGCGUCAUCGCAGUUAUCCAGUUAACAGGAAGUAUAGUCCAAAUAUGCGGGAAAUACCUCAACAACGUCAAGAACACGACACAGGAUAUCCGGCGCUUCCAAGAAAAGAUCACUGCCCUUGCCCAAGUCCUUCAGUCUCUUGAUGAGCUGAUCCGGCAUAAUGGCAAUAAAUUUACUACUACGGAAGACCUGGUCGACAACAUUGCUAAAUGCUCGUCAGCACUUACAAAAUUGAAAGCAAAAAUUGAUACGGAAAGAACGCAAAUAGGGAUAAGAAAAUGGGGAUUUCGGGCCUUCAAAUGGCCAUUGACACGGCAGGAGGUAUAUGAUGCUAUCAUGGAACUUGAGUGGUACAAAACAACUUUUGCUUUGUCCUUACAAGUCGAUCAAACCGAAUGUCUCCCGGGGACAAGAAUUGACCUGCUUCGAGAGAUCGACGAGUGGGCCAAGCUGCCGCACGGAAAAUGCAUAUUCUGGUUAAAUGGCAUGGCAGGGACAGGGAAAUCUACAAUAUCCCAAACAAUUGCAAGCCGUCUUAAAGAGCAGCAGCUUCUCGGGGCGAGCUUUUUCUUCAAGAGAGGCGAAGAGGACCGAGGAACAGCAAAGAAGCUUUUUUCAACAUUAAUCGAGCAGCUAGUCAUCAACCUACCUCAAAUUUUGCCCCACGUUCAAAAAGCAAUUGAUGACGACCCUAAUAUUUCAGAAAAGGUGCUAAGGGAACAAUUUGAAAAGCUUCUGCUAGUACCGUUGUUCGGAAUGAACCAGCGCGAAGAUACUACAAUUAGAGUGAUUGUGAUCGAUGCUUUGGAUGAAUGCGAUCUGGAAGACGAUAUACGGGUUAUUCUCCGGCUCUUGCCACAAGUUCAAAAGUCAACUUCCAUAAGACUUCGAUUUUUGUUGACCAGCAGACCUGAGUUGCCGAUUAGGCUGGGUUUUGAAGGCAUUGCUAAUGCCUAUCAGGAUUUGAUUCUUCAUGAGAUUGAAAAUCCGGUGAUAGAGCAUGAUUUAUCCUUAUAUUUUGAGGAUCAAUUACUGCGCCUCAGACAGAGCCGCUCAUUUCCACCUGACUGGCCCGGGCACGCAGCUACCAAGAAGUUAGUUGAUAGGGCCUGCCCUUUAUUCAUUGCUGCUGCCACCUUAUGUCGCUUUAUCGGUGACGCGAAGUGGAACCCUCAAAAGCGACUUGCCGCGAUAUUGACAGACCAAUUGACCUACGUGUCUAAGAUGGAUAGCACGUAUAUUCCUGUGCUAAAGCAACUUCUCACUGGCCAGGAUGAAACGGAGUCGCAGCAAUUACUCGAAGAGUUCAAGGACAUCGUUGGGUCGAUCAUUAUUCUUGCCACUCCGCUCUCAAUCAAGUCUCUUAGCCAUCUUGUGGGUAGAGAACCAGACGAUAUCAAAUACCGAUUAGACCAUCUCCACUCGGUGCUCAGUGUACCGAAUGAUUAUGACACACCCGUGAGGCUCCUCCACCUAUCAUUCCGAGAUUUUCUCUUAGAUCACCGCAAAGAAAUAAGCAAAUUCUGGAUCGAUGAGAAAUAUGCAAAUCGGCGUCUUACCGCACAGUGCCUUCAGAUUAUGCAGGGCAGCCUAAGGAGAAAUCUCUGCAAUCUGCCGAACGAAGGCACACAAUGCAAUGAAAUUAGCAAGGAUUCGAUUCAGGAAUAUAUACCUCCCGAACUCAAAUACGCUUGUCGAUAUUGGGUGCAUCAUUUAGUGCAGUGCAGAAGCUUCACCAAUGUGAUUCAUGAUACUGUCCUAUUUCUCCACACUCAUUUCUUGCACUGGGUAGAAGCAAUGAGCCUACUAGGCCUUAUGUCGGAAAUACUAGGGAUUCUUGAUCGCUUGGUAAUGGCCGUAUCGGACUGUUCUUCCAUAACUUUGGAUUUUCUUCACGGCGCAAAGCGCUUUAUUUUGAAAAAUCUCCAGAUAGUUGAUCAAGCGCCCCUUCAAGUUUAUUGUGCGGGGCUUAUAUUUGCACCACGAACGGCAAUAAUCCGCAGAGUGUUCGAACAUGAGCUUCCUGCUUGGAUAUGCCAAUUACCACAAGUUGAGGAAGGAUGGGGCGCACAAUUACAGACUCUCGAAGACCAUUCAAGCUCAGUUCAGUCGGUGGCCUUCUCGCCCAACGGCCGUCUCCUGGCGUCCGGCUCCAAUGACGAGACAGUGUGCCUCUGGGACUCGGCGACUGGCGUGCUCAUGCAGACUCUCAAAGGCCAUUCAAGUUCAGUUCAGUCGGUGGCCUUCUCACCUAACGGCCGCCUCCUGGCGUCCGCCUCUAGUGAUGGGACAGUGCGCCUCUGGGACGCGGCAACAGGCGCGCUUAUGCAGACCCUUGAAAUUCAGACCUACAAAGGCCACUUAGGUUUUCUUUGUUCGGUGGCGUUCUCGCCGGACGGUUGUCUGCUAGCGUCCGGCUCUGGUGAUAUGACGGUAUGCCUCUGGGACCCAGUAACGGGUGCGCUCACGCAGACCCUCCGAGGCCAUUCGGGUUGGGUUCGGUCGGUGGCCUUCUCGCCCGACGGCCGUCUCCUAGCGUCCGGUUCCGAUGAUAAGACAGUACGCCUCUGGGACCCGGCGAUAGGCGCACUUAUACAGACCCUCGGGGCCCAUUUAGGUUCGAUUCAGUCGGUGGCCUUCUCGCCUAACAGCCGUCUACUAGUGUCCGGCUCUAAUGAUAAGACUAUGCGCCUCUGGGACCCGGUAACGGGUGUAAUCAUACAGACCCUUGAAGAAAGUUUAGGUUCGGUUCAGUCGGUAGCGUUUUCGCCGGACGGUCGUCUGCUAGCGUCCGGCUCUAGUGAUAUGAUAAUAUGCCUCUGGGACCCAGCAACUGGUGCGCUCUUGCAGACCCUGGGAGGCCAUUCAGGCUGGGUUCGGUCGGUGGCCUUCUCGCCCGACAGUCGUCUCUUGGCGUCCGGUUCCGAUGACGACACAGUACGCCUCUGGGACCCGGCGACAGGCGUAGUCAUACAGACCCAAGAAGGCCAUUCAGAUUUUGUUUGGUCGGUGGCGUUCUCGCCGGACGGUCGUCUGCUAGCGUCCGGCUCUGGUGAUAUGACAGUAUGCCUCUGGGACCCAGCAACUGGUGCGCUCUUGCAGACCCUGGGAGGCCAUUCAGGCUGGGUUCGGUCGGUAGCCUUCUCGCCCGACGGCCGUCUCCUGGCGUCCGGUUCCGAUGAUAAUACAGUACGCCUCUGGGACCCGGAGACCGGCGCGCUUAUACAGACCCUCCGAGGCCAUUCGGGUUGGGUUCGGUCGGUAGCCUUCUCGCCCGACGGCCAUCUCCUAGCGUCCGGCUCUAAUGAUGAGAUAGUAUGCCUCUGGGACUCGGCGACCGGCGCGCUUAUACAGACCCUCAAUGGCCAUUCGGAGUGGGUUCGGUCGGUGGCCUUCUCGCCCGACGGUUGUCUCCUGGCGUCCGGCUCCAAUGAUAAGACAAUACGCCUCUGGGACUCGGCGGCCGGCGCGCUUAUACAGACCCUCAAUGGCCAUUCGGGUUGGGUUCAGUCGGUGGCUUUCUCACCGGACGGCCGUCUCCUAGCCACCUCCUCUGGUGAUAAGACAGUCCGCAUCUGGGACCCGGCGACAGGCGGGCUCAUGCAUACCCUCGAAGGCUUUUCAAGUUGGGUUCGGUCGGUGGCCUUCUCACCCGACGGCUUGUAUCUCACCACGGACUACUGCACCCUGGAUAUUAAUUCCGGGCGUCUCAUUCACACUCUUCAUGCGCCUCAGGUGAAUCUAGGUAUCUCCAUCGAGCAUGAGAAGUGGAUAACAGUGAAUGGUGAAAAUGUUCUCUGGCUUCCUGUCGAAUGUCGGCCCAGUUGUUUCAAAGUCCACGGUAAUAUUGUUGCCCUGGGACACGCGUCGGGGCAAGUUUCCUUUAUCGGCUUUUGUAUGUAG